CAUCCUCCUCCUCCUCAACUUCGCUCCAUCUCAAAGCCAAGACUGCUCCCACCCGCUCCUUCGCCUACCCACGCUUUGUCAUGCCGCUCCAUGCCGACCUCCUAGUCCGCCUACGCAAUGCCUCCUCUGCCCGUCUACGCCAAGUGCCGAUCCCCUAUUCCAAUGGAAACCUUUCUAUCCUGUCCAUUCUCCUCCAACAAGGCCUGAUCCACUCCAUUACAAAAGGCACAGUAUCCAACCCAGCCUCACCAAUAGCAUUCCAGCAAGCCUCCAUCCCUUCGAAAAGACUCUGGGUACAUCUCAAGUACUCCAGUCAGGAUAGGCCAGUCUUGAGCAAGUGUGAGCUGGUGAGCAAGCCGUCAAAGAAGAUCUUCAUGGACCGAGAAGAUCUGCUGAGAUUUGUCAGCUAUAGGAGGAGCAAAUUCGUGCCCCCGUUGGCCAUGGGAGAGAUUGGAGUGGUGGACUGCGGGAGAGAGGGGUGGUUCGAGGCGAGAGAGGCUGUCAGGAGAGGAGUCAGAGGUGGCGAGGUGGUGGCUAGAGCCGGUUAGAUAGUCUCGCGGCAAGGCAAGGUGAGUCUGAGCGUCAUCCUCCAGCUCCUCUAAUUGCCUAGGCCUUACAGUGCAUCUUCAUUCCCCUGUCGAUCAAGCCCGAUUGCAGGGUAGCGCCAGACCCUGCCCAUACUCCAAUUUCAGACUCAUCGCAGCUACGACUUUGCACAUUGUACAACACCUAUCAAAUUACAUUCCUUCCC